AUGGUCGAAGCCGACGUUCCCGAGGUUCCAACCUACGACGUCCCUUCCCGUCUGUUGGGAAAGGACGGCCGUCCCGUUCCUCACGUCGAUGCCGCCAAGUACAAGGCCGAGUAUCCCGACUCGAUCAACAACACCGACGAAUUCUUCGGCAAGGUCGCCAAGGAGAUAAUUGACUGGGAUGUACCCUUCAAGACAGUACGAUCCGGUGGCUUCGAGAACGGCGACGUCGCCUGGUUCAACGAGGGCCGUCUCAAUGCAGCCUACAACUGCGUUGACCGAUGGGCUCACAAGUACCCUGAUCGUGUCGCCAUCAUCUACGAAGCCGACGAGCCUGGUCAGCACCAGGAGAUCACCUACUCGCAGCUCCUCAUCCAGGUCUCGCAGGCUGCCAACAUGCUCAAGUCGCUUGGCGUUAAGAAGGGUGACACAGUCAUUGUCUACCUCCCCAUGAUUCCCGAAGCCGCUGUUGCGCUCCUCGCCUGUGCUCGUAUCGGUGCCAUCCACUCGGUUGUCUUUGCCGGUUUCUCUGCCGACUCGCUGCGCGAUCGUACCAACGAUUGUGGCGCUCGCGUCGUCAUCACAACCGACGAGGGCAAGCGUGGUGGUCGUACCAUCGCCACAAAGAGCAUCGUAGAUGCUGCGCUGAAAGAGUGCCCCGGCGUUGAACACGUUGUUGUAGUCAAGCGCACGGGAGGUCAAAUCAACAUUGACGACAAGCGCGACAUUUGGUGGCACGAGGCGUGCUCGCGUGAGCGUGCCUUUUGCCCUCCCGAAUCGGUCAGCUCGGAGGACCCGCUGUUUAUCCUCUACACUUCGGGCUCAACGGGUAAGCCCAAGGGUGUUGUGCACGCUACCGCGGGAUACCUGCUGGGUACCGCGCUGACACUCCGACACGUGUUCGAUGUGCACCCGGACAAGGGUGAUCGCUUCGCCUGCAUGGCCGAUGUCGGCUGGAUCACGGGCCACUCGUACAUCGUCUACGGUCCGCUCAUGAACGGUGUUACGACGCUCAUUUUCGAGUCGACGCCGGUCUACCCUUCGCCCUCGCGUUAUUGGGAGAUUGUUGACACGCACAAGCUCACCCAGUUCUACACGGCACCCACCUCGAUCCGUCUACUGCGACGACUGGGAGACGAGCACGUCAAGAAGCACGACCUCUCUUCGCUCCGUGUCAUUGGCUCAGUCGGUGAACCUAUCAACCCGGAAGCGUGGCACUGGUACAACGACAAUGUCGGCCGUCAGCAGUGUGCUAUUGUCGAUACCUACUGGAUGACCGAGUCUGGUUCGAUCAUGAUCACGCCCUUGCCCGGUGCGACCAAGACCAAGCCUGGAUCGGCUACAUUGCCCUUCUGGGGCAUCAAGCCUGUGCUGCUCGACCCUACUUCGGGUAACGUGCUCGAGGGCAAUAAUGUUGAAGGUGUGCUUGCCAUCGCUCAGCCCUGGCCUUCGGUUGCUCGAACAGUGUAUAACGAUCACCAGCGAUUCCUGGAUACAUACAUGCGUGCCUACAAGGGCUACUUCUUUACCGGUGAUGGCGCUGCUCGUGACAAGGACGGGUACAUCUGGAUCAAGGGUCGUGUCGAUGACGUCAUCAACGUCUCUGGUCACCGUCUGUCGACGGCCGAGAUUGAGUCGGCGCUCAUCCAGCACCCUGGUGUCGCCGAGACGGCGGUUGUGGGUAUCCCAGACGAAGUCACCGGUCAGACCAUCGCUGCCUACGUCACGCUUAAGCCCGAAUUCUCUUACGACUCGGAAGACGCUCUCACCAAGGAACUCGUCAUCCAGGUACGAAGGAACAUCGGUCCCUUUGCCGCUCCCAAGAAGAUCAUUAUUGUUUCCGAUCUGCCCAAGACGCGUUCGGGCAAGAUCAUGCGUCGUCUGCUGCGCAAGUGCGCCUCGCACGACACGGACAACCUCGGUGACUUGAGCAGUCUGGCUGAUCCUUCGGUCAUCGAACACAUCAAGGAGAAGACCAACGCUUUUGACAAAAAGUGA